GUUCAAGAUGGCUUCCUCGGUAGUGAAGUAAAUAAAGUUCUUCAACUACACGCAUUUUUACGAAAAUGAUUUGAAAAUGCUGCUAAAAUAGUCAAUCACAUUUACAAUGGGAGCUGGAGCCAGCGUUUCGCGGCAGCAGUGGGAAAAUGCCGAUAAUUCAAACCAGCAACAGUCGAAUGAUGAUUCUCUUGUGACUGACAUGGCGGGAAUGGCCAAACUUAUGGAAGCCAAGAAUAAGUUUAUGAAAAACAAGAAAAAGAAUACAGCAUGUUUUCAGAAAGAGCUGGCAAGUACUGAUCUUAUCAAAGAAAUGUUCAAACGUAUGGACCCUGCAGUAACACAAGCAGACAGUGGUGAUAUCAAGGGAGAUAUUGAGCUUUCUCUAAAGUAUAACCAGAAGGAAGAGCUCUUAUUGGUUAAGGUGAUCCGUGCAAGAGACUUGGUAGCCAGGGAUUUAAAUGGAAAGUCUGAUCCAUAUGUCGUGCUGGAUAUUGUACCUGACAGGUUUGAAGAGGGUUCAAAGAAGACAAGAUUCAAGCAAAAAACACUUAACCCUGUGUUCAAUGAAAUCUUUCAAUUCAAGCUACCACAUGCCCAUUUAUCAACGACCAAACUAAAGGCAACAAUAUGGGACCAUGAUUUCUUUGGUGAAGAUGAUUUUAAUGGUGAAGCUGUGAUAGACUUAUCAAGGGUUUAUCUUAGUGCUGGCACACAUACUGAUUGGUAUAUGUUGCAACUACAGACUGACUUCAGCAUCACAGGAACACUAGACGUCACCUUAGAACACCAAGACUCUGAGAACAUGCUACUAGUGACUAUCAACAGUGCAGCUAAUUUAAAGGCAUCCAACACCUUAUCCAAUACAUCAGAUGCUUACGUCAGGUGCUCUGUGUCUGGACUGAAAUACAGUGAAGAAACAGCAGUAGUAAGUGGAACACUCCAUCCUGUUUUUGAAGAGACAUUUGAAUUUGACAUGGCAAAGGAGGAAAUACCAUCAAGGGCGGUGCUGUUCCAUGUUUUUGGCAAGUCUCAUAUUAGUGACCAUAUGUCUUUAGGACAAGUACACAUUGAAUUGGAUAGUCUUGAUUUGGAAGAUGGUGAAAUAUCCAGAAAGGUUCUGCCAUUAGCUGAUCUGAAAAAUGUUUCACUAAAGAGGGCAGAAUGGGCCCAGAAUGCAGUUGCCCAGGAGUUCCGUGAAGCCAUGUACGCCCAUGCGAUGUAUAAAUAUCCCACGUUUGUUUAUGGUAUGCACAAGAAAGGGAGAAAGCUUUACUCCGUCAGUAGUCGGAAUGCUGCCAGUUCAGCUAAAGUCCUUCUUGUCAAUGGUAUUCCGAUGUAAAUAAUGUACUCUUUAACCUGGCUCAGCAGACGCACCUGCAGAAAAUCCUAUUUAUAGAUUAUCAGCAUCUGAGGGGUACUGUUUGGGUCUAUGCAUUUCUACAAUUGUCACAUGACUUGUAGGACUGCGCAGGACAGCUCACGCCCAUUCUUAUUGGCUAUCUUUACUUUAUAACUGACAUUAGGCUAUUGGACUAUUUUUAACAACAAAAGUCUUUGUAGAUAAUAGUGCAUUACGAGUUGUUUUUUUCUCAAUCAUAAAAUGGAAUUUGUAGAGUUAGUUAGGUUAUUUGAUUUUUAUCUGUAAAUUGAGGUCAGGUUGUGCUCAACAUGUAUUUAAUGAAUGCAUAUUCAUGCAUUUCACCAUUAAUCAUUUUCAGUCAUUUUCUCUAUUUGUAGAGUUAGGUUACUACAAAUCAAAUAUUGGAAUUACAGUUAACUCUCUUUGAACGAACACUCUAGUAAGCGACCAUCUCCCGUAAGCGACCACCUUUUAAAUUUCCCGUUUUGUUCAGUUUUUCAUAUAAACUCUGUAAAAAAAACUUUCUCGUAAGCGACCAUCUCGGAAGCGACCACUUUUUUCUGAUCCCGAGGUGGUCGCUUACGAGAGAGUUGACUGUAUUUGAUGCUGUUUCUGUAAAUUGAGGUCAAGAUGUUCACUACGUAUAUUUGACUUAUUUCACCUUUCUUAUGUAAAUAUUUCAUAUAUAAUCAUAUCUCAUCACACGCAAUAUCAUUGAUUUUGUAAAUACAUUCAUUAUAUUGAACAUUUCGCGUUUUAUAUUCUCGUAGGUUAUUCUGAUAACCAGUAACACAAACACAUUUUUUCUCCUCGAAAAAUGUCCAGAUUGGGUUUCCUGUGUUACGUUUGGACGUGAGAUAUAAGACUGGAAAUUUGUAAUGAUGUCACAGGAAGCCCAAAAAGUCAUAUAUGAAGCAUGAUGGAUAUGUUGCCUUUGAAGUCAGUUGCUUUAGUUACCAAAAUCCUUGAAAAUGUAUACACCUGAUCGUAUAUUUUCACAACUUUGAUCCCUAGGCCUUUUCCUAUUUCUCCAUUUUUUAUGGGAGGGGGAGGGAAUUUUUUUGCAGUCUCUUGCAGCUCUUACGUGGCUACUAAAUUUUUUGAUAGUUUAAUUUUAAAGUUCUAAAACAUCAAAUAACCCUAGAAUUAAUUAUUUCUUAUGGGUCUAAGGAUUCAUGUCUAGUGAUUGCGACGACACGCCAUCGUGGGAAAGACUCAGUUGGGCAAAGAAAGGAAACGUUUAGAAGAUAGCCGAGGGCUAAUAUAACGUUUUUAUAAUUAAAGUGAUCUGUAUCGUCGCAGAUCAUAAUCUGAAUUCGAUAUAUAGUCAACUCUCGCCAUACAGAUACCAAGGUUGUCGCUAUUACGUAUAGAAGCUAAUUAAUUUACCUCAAAUCAAAAAUAUAAAGAAAUGAAUGAAACGUGGAACUUUGCCUCGCUUACAAUGCAUUUUGUUGCAUUUGUUGUUGUUUUGCUGUAGUAAUGAUUGCAAUUAAUGUGCAUUAUUAUGAACAUAAUCGAAAAACAUUUCUAAUCGCGCAGACGUUUUUACAAAUUAGAACAGAAAACAACAGCUUAUUGCAUUAUAGUGAUAACUAUCAACUUGUCUUGGCGUGUGCUGGCAAAGCUGCAUGUGGCGACAAGCAGCAACUUCCUCUUGGGGACAAAACACGGAAGUUUUGCCCUCUUUUAGGCGUUAGAAUCCAUUGUUUUGUGACCCAGAAGGAGCUCCAUCAAAAGGGUCUUUUACUGAUCGAUAAAAAUAACAAUAAUAUCUUUCCAAUACCAAAUUAAUACAUAUGGGAUACAAUCUGAAACUAUAAACUAUAAUUCUGUAAAUAAAGGAAUUAUAUUUA